GGGGAGGAGAGCCGUGGCUCGAGCGCUGCCAGCUUCUCGGGACUCCAGAGCCGGCCGGGGCUGGGCGCGGGCGGCCAUGAGCGGCUGGGCCCGCCCCCUUCUCCUCCUGCUGGCUGGGGCCUGCGGCCUCACCCUGCUCGGCUACGCCGUCUACUUCGACCGGCAGCGGAGAAACGCCCCCGACUUCAAGCGGAAGCUGCGGCAGAAAAGAAGAAAAGAACGUGAAAAAGCUAAAGAGCAUGAUGCUGAGUUAUGCGAGAUGAAAAAUAUUGGAAGGGUACAGGAAUUCUUUCUGCAAGAGGUGCAGCUGGGAGAACACUGGUUAUCUAUAGGAGAACAUAAGAAGAGUGUGGAGCACCUCACUAAUGCUAUUUCAGUGUGCGCACAGCCACAUCAGCUACUGCAGCUUUUGCACAAUACACUACCACCACAAGUCUUUGAGAUGCUUUUGCAGAGAGUACCAUACACAAAACAAAAGCAGUGCAAAGGCAUGGGAGAUUCAGGGGUAAUGGAGGAGCUGAGGGAGAGCGACUUCAAGCAGCACUGAAUGAGCAGGACUGUGUGGAAGAUGAGAAGGAAUGAGAGAUGGCAGCAAUGUUAAGGCAGGAUUCUAGCCGUCUAGCCUUGUUUG